AUGAAUAUAAAAGCUGAUUUGAAUUAGUAUUCAAAGUAGUUGUACCUGUAUUUUUCCAUGGUGGAGCUGCAAUUGCAGAACCAAAUAAUUUCAGGGUAAUUUUACAACAAUGGUUUCCACUUAUAUAAACUCCUUUUAUGGUCUCCCCCUUCAAAAUACUUCAUGCAAUGCAGCAUCGUCGGUUAUGUUUAUGUCUCUUGUCAAUACUCUCCUUCGAGAUCAUGACGACAUUUCGGACCUGUCGGGAAGAAUAAGACCAACUCUAAAUCCGGACAACGAGUACGACUUUAUAGUAGUAGGAGGUGGUGGUGGAGGAUCAGUAGUGGCUGGAAGACUCAGUGAAAAUCCCAACUGGAAAGUUCUUCUCAUAGAACAAGGCGAUGACGAGCCUGUAGGAAGUCAAGUCCCUAGUUUUGCUUUCAAUUUCCUGUCAAACAGUGAAACUGCCCUCUUCUAUCCGACAGAACCACAAGCGAAAGCCUGUCAUGAAAACGCCAACAGUCAAUGUACAUACGUAAGAGCGAAAAUACUCGGAGGGUGCGGGGUAGUUAAUGGAAUGACAUAUAUCCGUGGGGUUCCGCAAGAUUACGACCAUUGGGCGAAAUUGGGUAACACAGGAUGGAGCUACAACGAUGUCCUACCGCACUUUCGUAAAUCGGAAGACAAUGGUAAUAUUGGUGUUUUGACAAGCCCUCAAUAUCACGGAGUUGGAGGUCCGCUAAGGGUCGAAAGGUUCCCAUACGCUCCUGAGAUUAGUUAUGAUAUUCUUGAAGCAGCCAGAUCCGUUGGAUUUGAAACUCCGACUGAUCUUAACGCAGACGUUACCCAAGGAUUUACACUUACCCAACAUAUGAACAAGAACGGUGUUCGUGACAGUUCAGCUCGAUCCUAUCUUCGUCCUGCAAGAUUCAGACCGAAUCUGCAUAUAAUGUUGAAUUCUACAGCUGCAAAAAUUAAUUUUUCCGAAGAAAGAGGAACUUCUGUUGCAAAAUCCGUGGAAUUUUCAUAUAACGGCAAACGUUACAAUAUUAAUGUUAGAAAGGAAGUAAUAGUAGCAGGUGGAACUAUCGGUUCGCCCCAGUUACUCCUUUUGUCUGGGAUUGGUCCAAAAGCUGAUCUAGAAGCUGUGAAUGUCACUGUAGUUCGAGAUCUUCCAGGCGUAGGCGAAAAUUUUCAAAAUCACGUUGCGUUACAGUUAGAGAUGAACUUAAAGAAAGUUCCGUAUACAAACGUCUUGACUUUGGACGCCGUACAAGAAUAUCUAAAUGGUCACAGAGGUCCUUUGUCCUCCACAGGAUUGGCACAAGUUGGUGCUCGGUUUUCGUCGUCUGUAAAUCCGGAUCAAGAUUGGCCAGACAUGCAAAUUUAUUUUAAUGGCUAUAGCGCCAAUUGUACAUAUAGUAAUGGUCAAAACAGUUUACCAAACGAUGCCACCCUUCCCAAUGAUACCAGAAGGAUCCUCUUUCAAGUAACGUUAGUAAGACCGAAGAGCAAAGGUUACAUCAAAUUGCGUUCGAACGAUCCAACCGCAAGUUUGAUUAUACAACCUAAUUAUUUAGAAGAGGAUUACGACGUCCAAGCUAUGAUUUCUGGAAUACGAACGGCCAUUGAUGUGGGAACGGCCAAUGUUUUAAAAGAAAAGUACGGCUCUGAACUGGUACAGGGCCGAUAUGGAAACUGUUCAGAUCUUUAUCGAUUUGGUACCGAUGAAUUUUGGGAAUGCGCAGUCAGAUACGGUACCAAUCCUGAAAAUCACUUGACCGGAACGUGUAAAAUGGGUCCUCCAACUGAUAGGCUGGCCGUUGUUAAUCCUGAAUUGAAAGUUUACGGGACAUCCAAUGUAAGAGUUGCUGAUGCAUCAACUUUUCCGAGUAUAGUUGCGGGAAAUACAUUUGCCGCCACGGUUCUUGUAGCCGAAAGGACAUCCGACUUUAUUAAACGGGAUUGGUCCUAAAGUAUGGCAUUGUAAUUAAGUUGCUUUUGAAAAGAAGGAUUUUACAAAAAUAACAAGUUUCUUUCUUUUGAAAUUGGGUUCAAUUUUGUUAUUAAGUCUUAUCAUACUGUACAUGUAAACUAAUAGAUAUUUUACUUGUAUAGAUAUAGAGAUGUGCAAAAUGGUUUUUUAAAAGUAUUUAAAUACAAAAUGU